UUAGUAAUUUUACUUGUCUUUUUGCUCAGCAAUAAGACUCUCUUUUAUCUCUCCCCCUCUUUCUCAUAACUCCUGAAAACACAACUCAUUCACUUUCUGAACAAGAAUCACCAUGUCUUCUCAAAACAAACGCAGAGACACAGACUUGAUGAAACUGAUGAUGAGUGAUUACAAAGUGGAGAUGAUCAAUGAUGGGUUGCAUGAGUUCUUUGUUUAUUUCCAUGGACCUAGUGACAGUCCUUACCAAGGAGGCAUGUGGAAAAUAAGGGUUAAGCUUCCGGAAAAUUAUCCUUAUAAGUCUCCAUCUAUAGUCUUUGUAAAUAAGAUUUAUCACCCAAAUGUGAAUGAAAAGUCUGGAGCAGUUUGCCUGGAUGUUAUUCAACAAAGCUGGAGCCCCAUGUUUGAUCUAGUAAAUGUGUUUGAAGUAUUCAUCCCGCAACUCCUUCUAUACCCCAAUCCAUCUAGCCCGCUGAAUCGGAACGCAGCAGCUCUAAUGAUACGUGAUCAAGCUGCCUAUGAAAAACAAGUUAAAGAGUACUGUGAAAAAUAUGCCAAGGCGGAAGAUGUGGGAGAGGCCCUAAAAGAGAUUUCAAGUGAUGAAGAACCGAGUGAUACUGAGUCCAACUCAAGCGAUGAAGGGAUGGCUGGUUCAGUUGAUCCUGGUUCAGUUGAUCCUUAGCUACUUGUUUUUGGCUUAUGUGUUUAAACAUUUUGUUCCUGAUCCAGCUCAAGCCACAAAAUUAGAUAGUAUGUGUAUUAGUUUCAUUUAGCAAAUGUAAAGUUUGUGCUUGGUUUUGUUUUGUACAUCUCCUUUUUUUUCUGAAUUGCUAUUCUAGUAACAGCUAAAAUACUAGCACUUUAGUAUGUUUUUAUAUUAAAUCUGGUCA